AUGUGGCCCAAGAAACCCUCGGACGCGCUAUCUGCUGGGGAUUCGUCCUUCCCACCAGAGCACCACCAGCACAGCUCGUCCUCUUUGUACAGCCUCUGGCUUCAACCACUGAAUCACAAAUAUUCUCCAGCUGGGAAUCAAGCAAGGGCAGACAUGAACCCAGAAGCCCAACAGGAUGUUUCAGUUUCCCAGGGAAUUCGCAUGAUGUUUUACAUGAUGAAGCCCAAUGAAACGUCAUUCCAAACACUGGAAGAGGUACCCGAUUAUGUAAAACAGGCAACUCCAUUUUUCAUUUCCUUAAUGCUUCUUGAACUGGUUGUCAGCUGGAUUCUCAAAGGGAAGGCACCAGGUCGUUUGGAUGAUGCAUUAACAUCAAUGUCAGCCGGCAUUCUUUCUCGGCUUCCAAGUUUGUUUUCCAGAAGCAUCGAACUGACCACAUACAUUUAUAUCUGGGAGAACUACAGGCUCAUCAUUUUGCCUUGGGAUUCUCCAUGGACUUGGUAUUUAACUUUCUUAGGAGUUGAUUUUGGCUACUACUGGUUCCAUCGCAUGGCCCAUGAGGUUAAUAUUAUGUGGGCUGGACACCAAACCCACCACAGUUCUGAAGACUACAACUUAUCCACAGCACUGAGGCAAUCUGUUUUCCAAAUAUAUACUUCCUGGAUAUUCUACUCUCCCUUGGCCCUCUUCAUACCGCCUUCAGUAUAUGCUGUUCAUCUUCAAUUCAAUCUUCUCUACCAAUUUUGGAUCCACACAGAGAUCAUUAAUAACCUUGGUCCUUUGGAACUGAUUCUUAAUACUCCUAGCCAUCAUCGGGUUCAUCAUGGGAGAAACCGUUAUUGCAUUGACAAAAAUUAUGCUGGCGUUCUUAUUAUAUGGGAUAGAAUUUUUGGGACAUUCGAGGCAGAAAAUGAAAAAGUUGUAUAUGGUCUAACGCAUCCCAUUAAUACAUUUGAACCAUUCAUGGUGCAGUGCCACCAUUUAGUUUACAUAUGGACUACAUUCUGGGCCACACCUGGAUUCUUCAAUAAGUUUUCUGUCCUAUUUAAAGGACCAGGAUGGAGUCCAGGUAAACCAAGACUUGGGCUAAGUGAAGAAAUCCCAGAGGUCACCGGGAAAGAAGUUCCCUUUUCAUCAUCGGUGUCUCAUCUAUUGAGGAUAUAUGCAGUUGUACAGUUUGCUUUGAUGCUAGUAUUUUAUGAAGAGACCUUUUCAGAUAAAGCUGCACUAUCACAAGUUACCCUCCUUCUGAGGGUUUGCUUCAUUAUUUUGACAUUGACCUCCAUUGGAUUUCUUCUGGAUCAAAGACCUAAGGCAGCUGUACUGGAAACUUUCCGUUGCUUGGUGUUCUUAAUGUUGUGUAGAUUUGGUCAUCUGAAGCCUUUCACUCCUUCUUUGUCAUUUGCUUUAGAGAUUUUUUUUUCCAUCUGCAUUGCUUUCUGGGGAGUCAGAAGCAUAAAACAACUUGCCUCCGGCCCUGGGAAAUAA